CGCAGUAGAGGAAGCAGCCCAAACCUAAAGAGGGCGGGGUUAAAGGACAUAAAAAAAUAAGGAAUUUCCUGGUGAGCUACGACAACACAGGAAGAUGAAUGUGGGCGUAGCUCACAGUGAGGUGAACCCCAACACGAGGGUGAUGAACAGCAGAGGAAUAUGGCUCACCUAUCUGCUGCUGACCGUCGUGUUGCACAUCGUCUUGCUCAGCAUUCCUUUCUUCACUGUGCCGCUCGUCUGGACUCUUACCAAUGUCAUCCACAACCUGGUGAUGUACCUGUUUCUACACACAGUGAAGGGCACUCCCUUUGAGACACCAGACCAAGGCAAAGCUCGUCUGCUCACACACUGGGAACAGAUGGACUAUGGUGUCCAGUUCACAUCUUCACGCAAAUUCCUCACUAUCUCACCAAUUGUUCUGUAUAUUCUUGCCAGUUUCUACACAAAAUAUGAUCCCACACAUUUCCUAAUCAACACAAGCUCCCUCCUUAGUGUCCUCCUCCCAAAGUUGCCUCAGUUUCAUGGAGUACGGAUAUUUGGGAUCAACAAAUACUGACAGAAGUGACUAAACACUGGACUUCUAGUUUUUCUGUUUCUGCUGAACUAUUUUAUGUUUAGAGGUUAAGGAGAAGAGAACCAGCUGGAUGUGUCUUAAAUGUACAGACUGUGUAGCAUAAUAUGAAAGUUGCAGUUUGUGCUGUCUCUUGCAGUCUGUGGGGGAAAACAUGCACUGCUGCGUGCAUUAAUUUUUUCCCCUUUACUGACAUUCCCGAUGCAUGUUUGUCAAAAACCAGACGCUUUGCUCUUGACUUCAAGAAAGAGCAAUUUGAACUGCACUGCUUUCAAAUGUAAUGUUUAUUCAUUAUUUUUAAAACUUCACCCUCAGACCAAAUUGCACUGCCUGCAUUCCUGUUAAACUGUCUGGUUGUUGCCAUAAAUGUGAAUGAAUUCAUCACAAAUUCAUUGUGGUUCAUGUUCUGACAACACUUUUUACAUUUUCUUUCAUGCAUUUUUACCUCGAUUCACCAUGAAGGAUUUACAUGCAGCAUACAUGUACACGCCCGUAAUAAACACAGAAGUCUUUUUUUUGCUAUGAUACACAUAAUCAUGUAAUUUAACAUUUCAAAAAUUUUCCCGCUUAUAAAAUGAGCAGUGAGAGGCUACAUGGUGUGCAC